GAGGCAACCUGAGAUUUUGCCGGCACCAGGCGGCGGGACCCCAGCGCAGAGACGAGGCCGGGGCGGGCAGACCCAGGGCAAAGAAGCACAGGAUUCCGAGGCUCCAGUCUGCCCAUGAGUAAAAGCAAAUGCCCAGUGGUACUGAUGUCUUCAGUGGUGGCCCCAGCUAAGGAGCCCAAUGCCAUGGGCCCAAAGGCAGUGGAACUUGUCCUGGUCAAGGAGCAAAAUGGGGUGCAGCUCACAAACUCUACCCUCAUCAACCCCACGCAAACCCCUGUGGAGACACAAGAGCGAGAGACCUGGGGCAAGAAAAUCGACUUCCUCCUGUCCGUGAUCGGCUUUGCGGUGGACCUGGCCAACGUCUGGCGAUUUCCUUACCUGUGCUACAAAAAUGGCGGGGGCGCCUUCCUGGUCCCCUACCUGCUCUUCAUGCUCAUUGCUGGAAUGCCACUUUUCUACAUGGAGCUGGCCCUGGGGCAGUUCAACAGGGAAGGGGCUGCCGGCGUCUGGAAGAUCUGCCCCAUCCUGAAAGGCGUGGGCUUCACGGUCAUCCUCAUCUCGCUCUACGUGGGUUUCUUCUACAACGUCAUCAUUGCCUGGGCGCUGCACUACCUCUUCUCGUCCUUCACCGUGGAGCUGCCGUGGGUCCACUGCAACAACACGUGGAACAGCCCCAACUGCUCAGAGGCGCGCUCCAGCAACUCCAGCUCCAGCUCUGACCACACCUUCCGCACCACGCCUGCCACUGAGUACUUCGAGCGUGGUGUGCUACACCUCCACGAGAGCCGUGGCAUCGAUGACUUGGGUCCCCCCCGGUGGCAGCUCACAUCCUGCCUGGUGCUGGUCAUCAUCCUGCUCUACUUUAGCUUGUGGAAGGGAGUGAAGACUUCUGGGAAGGUGAGGCUGCUAACCUUGCCAGCUGGGGAGUGA